AUGGCCCAGCAGCAGCAGAAUGGCGAGCCUGUAAUGCGCAGGAAGUUGGUCAUUAUUGGCGACGGUGCUUGCGGCAAGACUAGUCUUCUGAGCGUCUUCACUCUCGGAUAUUUUCCAACACGCUACGUCCCAACCGUCUUUGAAAACUACGUCACCGACUGUAGAGUAGACGGCAAGUCCGUGCAACUCGCCCUAUGGGAUACAGCCGGCCAAGAAGACUACGAGCGCCUCCGUCCCCUCGCCUACAGCAAAGCCCACGUCAUCCUCAUCGGCUUCAGCGUCGACUCCCCCGACUCCCUCGAUAACGUUAAGCACAAGUGGGCAGAGGAGGCCCGCGAACGCUGUCCCACCGUCCCCAUUAUCCUCGUCGGCCUGAAAAAAGAUCUCCGCGAUGACCCUCUCGCACAGGAAGAAAUGCGCAAGAAGAGCUUGAGGUUUACUACACCGAAACAAGGCGCCGAUAUGAAGGACAUGAUUGGCGCGAGGAAAUACCUAGAAUGUAGUUCCCUGACAGGGGAUGGCGUGGACGAUGUUUUUGAAGCGGCGACUAGGGCGGCGCUGCUGAGUGUGGAUAAGAAGGAGAAUCCCGGGUGCGGAUGCGUUGUCCUGUGA